GCGUAGAAUUGGAUGGUAUCGACGUCAAGAAACUGAUUAACGGAAAGAUCCCGGACCCAAACACGGCCACCCUCGCGGACAUGCUCAACGGCAAGGACCCGGCCACCCUCAAGAUAAAGGACUACUACAACGGCCACCUGCCGGACGAGCUGAAGGACGCGACGUUCUUGGACUUGAUCAACGGCCUGGACCCGAGGACCGUCAAGCUCAAGGACCUGCUGGCCGGCAAGGUCUUCAACCCGAAAGACCUGGCAUUGCCCAAGAAAUUCUCCCGGGAUAUUUCCGAUUCCAUCAAGAAUUUCGAGAGAUGUGAUGCGUGGAGAUAUGCUUUCGUGUUUAUGUGGUUUUUCCUGGAAGAGUCGUGUGGAGGAUCGGCUUUAAAGGGAUUCUCCCGUUGGUUCCUUCCAGCCUUUUUCGGGUACAAACUCUACAAGAACCUGACGGAGAAGGAGAGGAAAAAGGAGGAGAAGAAAAAGAUGAAGAUGCAGAAGAAGAAGAAA